CGGAAGCGGAAGUUCCCCGCACUGCUCGCUGCUGGCAGGGAGGCAACGACCGGAGGAGGGAAACCUCUAGUAUGACAGGGAAGGGGGUUUUGCCUGCUUUUUGACUAUGGAGGAGACAGACCGGGAAGCUGUUGCGACAGCGGUCCAGAGGGUAGCUGGGAUGCUCCAGCGCCCUGACCAACUGGACAAAGUGGAGCAGUAUCGCCGAAGAGAGGCUCGGAAAAAGGCCUCUGUGGAGGCCAGAUUGAAGGCUGCGAUCCAGUCCCAGCUGGACGGAGUGCGCACAGGCCUGAGCCAGCUGCACAACGCGCUCAAUGACGUAAAGGACAUCCAGCAGUCCCUGGCGGAUGUUAGCCAGGACUGGAGGCAGAGCAUCAACACCAUUGAGAGCCUCCGGGACGUGAAGGAUGCCGUGGUGCAGCACAGCCAGCUCGCUGCCGCUGUGGAGAACCUCAAGAACAUCUUUUCAGUGCCAGAGAUCGUCAGGGAGACAGAGGACUUGAUCGAGCAGGGGGAGCUGCUGCAGGCACACCGGAAGCUGAUGGACCUGGAGUGCUCGCGGGAUGACCUGAUGUAUGAGCAGUACCGCAUGGACAGCCGGAACACACAUGACAUGACGCUCAUCCAGGGCUACUUCGGAAGCAUGCAGCGCCUCUCAGAGGAGCUGGCCAAGCAGCUGUGGAUGGUGCUGCAGCGGUCCCUGGUCACUGUCCGCCGAGACCCCACCCUGCUGGUCUCUGUUGUUCGCAUCAUUGAACGGGAGGAGAAGAUCGACAGGCGCAUGCUUGACCGAAGCAAGCAGACGGGCUUCAUCCCGCCCGGGAGGCCCAAAAAGUGGAAGGAGAAGAUGUUUGCCAUCCUGGACAGAACUGUGACCACGCGGAUUGAGGGCACACAGGCCGACACCAGGGAGUCUGACAAAAUGUGGCUGGUCCGUCACCUGGAGAUCAUUCGCAAGUACGUGCUGGACGACCUCAUUGUGGCGAAAAACUUGAUGGUGCAGUGUUUCCCUCCCCAUUAUGACAUCCUCAGAAACCUCCUGGACAUGUACCACCAGGCCCUCAGCACGCGGAUGCAGGACCUGGCCUCAGAAGACCUGGAGGCAAACGAAAUUGUGAGCCUCUUGACUUGGGUCCUGAACACCUACACGAGUACAGAGAUGAUGGGAAACUUGGACCUGGCCCCGGAAGUGGACACCGACGCUCUGGGGCCCCUGCUGUCCCCACAUGUGGUCUCCGAGCUGCUUGGCACAUAUAUGUCGACGCUCACUUCAAACAUCAUUGCCUGGCUGCGGAAAGCACUAGAGACAGACCGGAAGGACUGGGUCAAGGAGACUGAGCCUGAGGCCGACCAGGACGGCUACUACCAGACCACGCUUCCCGCCAUUGUCUUCCAGAUGUUCGAACAGAAUCUUCAAGUUGCUGCUCAGAUAAGUGAAGAUUUGAAAACAAAGGUACUGGUUUUGUGUCUUCAGCAAAUGAAUUCUUUCUUAAAUAGAUACAAAGAGGAGGCGCAAUUGUACAAAGAGGAACACCUGAGGAACCGGCAGCACCCACACUGCUAUGUCCAGUACAUGAUCGCAAUCAUCAACAACUGCCAGACCUUUAAAGAGUCCAUAGUCAGCUUAAAAAAGAAGUAUUUGAAAAGCGACACAGAAGAGGGCAUGUCUGUAAGUCAGCCCAGCAUGGACGUGGUUCUGGACACCAUUGCCAAGGAAGGCUGCAGCAGUCUGCUGGAAGAGGUCUUCCUGGACCUGGAGCAACAUCUUAACGAGUUGAUGACCAAGAAGUGGCUCUUAGGGUCAAACGCUGUAGAUAUCAUCUGUGUCACCGUGGAAGACUAUUUCAACGACUUUGCCAAGAUUAAAAAGCCAUAUAAAAAGCGGGUGGCGGCGGAGGCGCACCGGCGCGUGGUGGUGGAGUACCUGCGGGCCAUCAUGCAGAAGCGCAUCUCCUUCCGGAGCGCUGAGGAGCGCAAGGAAGGCGCGGAGCGCAUGGUCAAGGAAGCAGAGCAGUUCCGCUUCCUCUUCCGGAAGCUGGCAUCGGGGCUUGGGGAGGACGUGGAUGGGUACUGCGACACCAUCGUGGCCAUUGCAGAGGUCAUUAAACUCACGGACCCUUCCCUGCUCUACCUGGAGGUCUCAACACUCGUCAGCAAGUACCCAGACAUCAGGGACGAGCACAUCGGUGCACUGCUGGCUCUGCGGGGGGAUGCCAGCCGGGACAUGAAGCAGACUAUCAUCGAGACGCUGGAGCAGGGCCCGACCCAGACGAACCCCAACUAUGUGCCCCUCUUCAAGGAGAUCGUUGUGCCAAGUCUGAAUGUGACCAAGCUCCUUAAGUAGCCGUAGGCUCUGGCUGGAUGUCGAUACUUGUGUGACAUCCCACCCCUGCCCUCGGAAGUGUAUGUCAGCAGUGUGGCUUUCGAUGUCUCGUGCCUGGUCAGUUCUGGUGUGAGCACCUGUCUCUUCAGGUGCUAAAAUUCUGUUGUAAAGGCUGCAUUUAAACUUGGUGUUUGAAGAAUCAGGUGUUCUGACAGCUGGGGACUUUGGGCAUCGGGGCUCUGAUGUAAGGUGCCUGUUAUGGUUGGUCGUUGUAGGGGACGCUUUGUCAGUGUGGCCUGUGCCCAGCUCCGGCUGCAUCACGCGCUGUGAGGUGUAAACACGUGCUGCUUAAUUAAAGAGCCUGAAGGCCCUGGAUUUCUUCGCCUCAGCAGUUACAGUUCUCUUACCCCUGAUGCUCUGGCAGGCCCAAAAGCUGCUCCUGGGUCGAACGCAGCUAGGCCCAGACAAGAGGCCUCUGGAUGCUGUCCAGUGUGCAGGUCCUGGGGGGGUUUGGGUGCGAUUGCAUCGCGGGGCUCAGGGGGUCCAGGUUUCUGACCUUCAAGUUCCUUCCGUAGAUGAGAAACUCAUGUGCUGUGUGGUCCCUCAGCCCAAUCCCCUCCCCUUGCCCCUGACAUCCGGUGUGGUACAGCCCUCAGGAUGUCACGUCCCCCAGAGGGUGGACGUCUGGCCUGGUGGGUGCCACCAGGUAAAUCAUAGCAGGUAGAUGGUCAAUAUUAUGAGCAUGAACUUGGAAAAGCACGCCUGAAAAUUAACAAUUGUUUGGUGUUGUGUAUAAAGAUGUAUAAAUCUUACUUAAAGAUGCGUAACCCCCUAAUUUCCCUCUUUCCCCAACGUAGCGUCUCUCUGCAGUGUCUGCCCUCAGUGCUGGGAUCAUCUACACAUUAUUCUUUAAUUUCAAACCAACUUAAUUUAAAAACUACACCCACAAUAAAAACAAACCAGCUUCCCCCGGACUUUCCUUAUGCCAUCAUUAGCAUCAGAUGGGCAGAUGUCAGUGCUCUCGGCUUAGCAGAAAAAAAGGCAUUUGCCCUGUUCCUUUGCCCCAGGCUACCCUCCUGUGUAGAUGGAGGAUCUUCUUUCCAUCCUUCCUUGUUUCAGGGGUUCCCUAAACCUACCAGCCUGAGGGGGAGGGAGUGGGAGAAAGCUUAAUGGGAAGAGGCCAAGGCUGAAGCCAGAGUUAGCACUUUUCCUAAAGAUGGAUGCCCUUGGUUUUGGAGGUAGAGCCUUGGCCAGGGUUUAC